AUGAAUGUUUAUGCCGAUCCUUAUAAUGGACAAUCGUUACAAAUAUUAUCUUCACUUCUAAGUAAAUCAAAUGAUUAUGAAUUUCCUGUCGAACAAUACUUAGAUGAUUAUGAAAACGAUGAGGAUACACCACAUUUUCUCGAUGAGAUUGAUAUUACGACCGAUGCAAUAAUUCACCAGUCGCCGUUUAAUGUCAAAGCAUGUGAUCGGAUACCAACUCUCAAAGAACUGAUUCAUAAAGAACCUUUGAAGAUAAAGCCAACUAAUCCACUUUUUUCAACCAAGAUUGUACAGCUGUUUUAUAAAUGGUUUGCUUAUCUUCCUCUAUGUAACCUUAAUGAACCAUUUAGCCAUCCAAAUACAAUUCAAAAUACUUUACCAACUUUAGUGGCUUAUUCUGAUCUUAGUGAAACGGAAACCACUGAUACAGAAAGUAAUUUACGAAGAGGUUCACGUCAUCGUAUUCCAAGUACAAAAUAUGCUAAUGAUUAUAUUUCUCCAACGAUUAGUCCAAAUCUAUUAUCCAAAGCACUUUCACCAAAGCGAUAUCUUUCAUCGUCUACUGAUAAUCUUUCUGAUAAUGCACUUGAAAAGACAUGUCAUGGUCAACGCAAGAAACCAAAAAGAACACUGCGAAACUCAUCUAAUAAGCAGCAAUCAAAAGUAACAAAACUAAUACAUACUACGACACUUGGUAGUCUUAAUCUCGUAUGA